AUGAACAUUUUCUAUUUGUGUAAUUUAAUAAAAGUUGUUAAUGGAAAUAACAGCAAUCAAAACAACAAUGAAGAAUGUAAUGUUGUCAAAACCAACCAUGAAAAAUGGAUGAUUAAAACAUUAUACACUUUUUUAUUUCUAAAUCCUCAUGAAAUUUUAUUAGAAGAAGAUUCUAAUAAAACAGAUGAUGAAUUAUUUUUAGAAACUUGUUUCACUCAUCAUGAAGUAAUUACAAUGAUACGUGAAAUUGACAAUGACUAUUCAAAAAAUAAAAGGUUUAGAAAUAUCCAAAAUUUUGCAUCAGUACGUGAACUUGCUUGUAUUUUUUAUAAUAAAGAUAUUAAAGAAUUCAAUAAGUUUAAAGAAAGUCAAAGAAAAUAUUGUUCAAAAACAGUGAAAAAAGAUAUUGAAAAAUUCAAUAAGUUUAAAGAAAGUCAAAAAGAUUAUGAUACAGAAACAGUGAAUGUGUUUUUUAAACGAUAUAAAGACAUAUUUGAGAUUCUUAGAUUAGGUAUUUGCAACAGGAUUCUUGAGGAUGAAGCAUCAUGUAUAAGUUGUAAGUGUUCUUUUAAAAACAAUCAGAUUUCUAUAAACAAUACAUUUGAAUAUCAACUUUUAAAUGAUUUUAUUAUCUUUAAUAAAGAAUUUUUUAUUGUAAACAAUAUUAAUAAUUUUUUAAAAGGUGAUAAUUUUGAAAUUGGAUAUUAUAAUGAAUUCAAAGAUAAAUUACUUAAACCAUUUUUAAAAUAUAUAGAAACAGAAGAGGUAAAUAUUCAAAAGAAGGAAUUAGAUAAAAAAUUUUUAAACAGUUUUAAAAAAUUUAUGGAAAAAGUAUAUAAUUUUGCACAUUUUGAUAAAUAUGUUGGAUCAAUUACAUUAAGUAAAGAUAAAUAUAAAGUUUUUGUUAAAAAAGAAUUAAAAAAGGGAUUUAAUCAAAUUAAAUUAGCAAGUAAAAAUCUUAAAGUAAAUUUAAAAAAGAAAAAUUAUGAAUUAACUAAAAGUAUAAACAACAUUAUUUGUUUUUCUUAUGCUUUAUCUUUAAUGCCUCAAUAUGCUGAAAGUUUUUUUAAAUUUUAA